CACGUCCUCCGGAGCAGUGGAGGUUGCUGUUCAUCCUCAGGACUGUUCAAUCAUGACUUCUAUAAAGGAGCAGGCAGCAAUUAGCAGGCUCUUAAGUUUUUUACAAGAGUGGGACAAGGCUGGCAAAGUCAAAAGGAGUCACAUCCUGGACAGUUUCAUUGAAAUCAACCAAGGCAAGACUGCCCCUGAAUUGGAGCAGGAGUUUUCCCAGGGGGCCAGCUUAUUUCUGGUACGCUUGACCACCUGGCUUAGAAUCAUCUAUAUGACCGGCUCGUGCUUGGAAAAGCUUCUGAGGUCCAUCAACAUCUUCUUAUCAGCAGUGAGCAGUAAUCGGUACCUGAUAGAAUUCCUGGAGGUUGGAGGUGUCCUAACACUCUUGGAAAUCCUCGGGCUAGAGAAUGUCAAGGAAGAGGACAAGAAGGAAUCCGUCAAGCUACUCCAGGUCAUUGCAAACUCUGGCAGGAAGUUCAAGGAGCUCAUUUGCGAAAGCUAUGGUGUCCGGUCCAUAGCAGAGUUUUUGGCAAAGUCUAAGUCAGAGGAGACCCAGGAAGAAGUACAGGUGCUGUUGGAUUCUUUGGUCCACGGAAACCCCAAGUACCAGAAUCAGGUGUAUAAAGGGCUGAUCGCCUUGCUGCCCUGUGCCUCCCCCAAGGCGCAGCAGCUGUCCCUGCAGACUCUGCGGACUGCCCAGUCGGUCGUUGGAACCAUACACCCCAGCAUCGUGGACUGCGUGCUGAAGGUGCUGGGCACAAUGCACUUGGAAGUCCAGUAUGAAGCCAUCGAGCUAAUCAAGGACCUGCUGGGUUAUGACGUGCGCCGGCCGCUGCUCCAGGGCCUCGUGGCUCUGCUGACACCGCCCGCCAAGGAGACCUCCAAACUGCAGCGCAAGAUCCUCACCGAUGCCUCGGCUCUGCAACUCACCGGCCACCUGCCCGUGUUUUUGCAGCAGGCUGCAGCGGCCAAGGCCAUCGGGGUCCUGGCGCGCCGCGACUUGGCCGUCGCCGAGGAGAUGCUGUACCUGCACGUGGUGCACAGGCUGAUGACCGCCAUGGGCAACAUGGACCACAGCAACAGCCAGCGGCUGGCCAGCCUCGCGCUGCAGUUCUUCGUGCAGACGUUCCCGUUGGUGGAGGAACAGGUGCACCAGGCCAUGGGGGAGGAGCUCUACCAGCUCUUCGCAAGCAACGCCGAGAACUUGUACCUGAAGAUGGACAGCAUCCAGGCAGACAUCUUGGCGUCCAACAAGGUCAACAUUCCCAAAGCCCUGCGCCUCUGCAGCGUCUCCGGAAGCAACUUGAGCUUGAUCCUUGGCCCCGACGAUCCGGACCACCUGGUCUGCGUGGCAGACUUCGAAGGGGAGGAUGACGAAUCGCAGGAGUAACGGAGUCCUCAAGGAGGAGCAGGAAGGCCCCAGCGGGAGGACCCCGGCUCAG